UGCCUGAUCGAUUUCCAAUGGUGCUUUGUUGAACGCGGUUCGAGCGACAUGAAAGGGAAAAGCGAUGCUACGAUCCACUGCCUUUUCCCAGAGAUUUUGGCAAUAAUUUUUAGUUAUUUGGACAUAAGGGAUAAGGGAAGAGUUUCCCAAGUCUGUUCAAAAUGGAGAGACGCGGCUUACAACCGUUUGGUAUGGCGCGGCGUUCAAGCAAGACUACACUUGAGAAGGUCGAAUCCAUAUCUAUUCCCUUCGCUGGCGAAACGUGGUAUUCGAAAAAUCCGUAUACUGAGUCUCAAAAAAAGCUUGAACUACGUUAUACAAAAUCUACCGAAUAUAGAAAGCUUAAAUCUGAAAGGAUGCUAUAAUGUGACGGAUAUUGGAAUUGGACAUGCGUUCGUUAAAGAUCUCUCGUCUUUGACAGUGUUAAAUCUAAGUUUGUGCAAACAAAUCACCGACACUAGUCUUGGACGAAUCGCUCGAUUUUUGAGCAAUUUAGAGGUGUUGGAUCUCGCUGGAUGUUGUAAUAUAACGAACACGGGACUGCUACUUUGUGCGUGGGGCCUACCGAAGUUAAAAUACUUGAAUCUUCGAAGUUGCCGACACAUCUCGGACACCGGCAUCGCACAUCUCGCUGGAUUGAAUGCGAGUUCGGCGCGCGGAAACAAGAAUUUAACUACUUUGUGUUUACAAGACUGUCAAAAGAUCACCGAUAACGCACUAAGCAACAUAGCUAAAGGACUAGUACAUUUAGAGUCCAUCAAUUUAAGCUUCUGUUGUGGUAUUACGGAAAGUGGACUAGCUCAUUUGGCUGGUCUGCGAAGCCUUCGCGAAUUGAACCUUCGAUCUUGUGAAAGUAUUGGCGAUGAAGGAAUAGCACACUUGGCAGUAGGAGGCCUUAAUUUAACGUACCUGGACGUAAGCUUUUGCGACAAAGUGGGAGAUGCAGCACUAAAACACAUAUCUAAUGGACUUCAUCAUUUGAAAAAUCUGGGCUUGAAUUCUUGUCAUAUUACGGAUGAUGGUCUUUGCAAGGCUGCGCGAAGUCUACACGACCUUCGCGUUUUGAAUAUUGGCCAAUGCACGCAAAUCACGGACGCAAGCUUGAUUUCUAUCGCCGAAAACUUGACUAGUAUAACAAACAUUGAUCUUUACGGCUGUACCAGAGUCACCAAAACAGGGCUGGAGAAAUUAAUGCAUCUACCUCAUCUUCAAGUUCUUAAUUUGGGCUUAUGGCAAAGAUGA